AUGGCUCUAAGCAGAAAUAUUGAUACAAUUAGAUCAGAUAGGAAGUCCUUUAUGGGCACUUGGUCCACAGAUGAAACUUAUACUAAUUCAAAUGAACCUGCUCUGCCACCUAAGGAUCAACGGAAAGAUAUUAGAUCUUUUAUCCACCAACUAGGAAAAUUAAUGGAGAGAGAGGUACAAAUUUGGUGGGAUAUAGCCACCCUUGAUUUUUAUGUUAACAACAACAUUGUACCACGAGGAUUAAGACUCUUCAAAAGAUCAACCUAUAAACGCCAUGAUCCAACAUUACUUAAGAAGUGGGACCAACUUCUAGAUAAAGGAUCUCUUUUAUUAAUGGUAUUCCUCAUCAAUGAGAAAAAGAAAGAUCUUACUCAACUGGAUCAAGAAAUUACACAAUUGAAAAGCACUAUCCGCCCCCUAGUGGAGAAUGGGGAUUAUGUGGAACUUCUAGAUACGAUAGAAAGAAGAGUUAAGGAUAUUGAGAUGAAUAUAAGAGAAAAUAAAAGAAAGAAGAUUAUGAGAGAUCAGGCCGACUAUAAAACACAAACACAAAGGAACUGGAAGAAGGAUCAAACAUCAAAAUAUCAACCCCCACAAAGAUAUGGAACCGAAUUAAGAUACCAACGACAGGUAACAUUUAGAGAUACAGAUAUCUCUCAAAGAACCCCUAAUCAAAGUCCCACCAAAAAGUGGAUGCAAUAUCGACCAACACACUAUAGAGGACAGCACCAUAGAGGAUACCGUCCAUCCCAGGACCAUAGAGGAUACCGUCCAUCCCAAUAUACAAAAAGAGGACACACAGAUCUAGUAAACCGACAAUAUAUGAGAUACCAAAGGAGAGAUUGGCACACACAGGGACAUGGACACCAAUAUACUCCAACUGCAGAAACUCCAACAUUUGACCAAAUAAGAUCGGAUUCCAAUAACGUAGUCCCAAGAGAAACCAAAAGUCAACCAACUACACAUACAGAGAACGAUUUUUUAGACAAGCGGGGAAGGAUUCCCCCCAAAAGAUUUGCAAUGGAAGAUUUCAGGUCCCCGGAGUUGAGAAAGAAAAGAUCCAUAAGAGAAACAGAAGAAGAUCCAGAACAACAGGAAGAAGUUACCCAGCUGAAAAGGAGGAAAUGA